AAGAAAAAUAAAGUAAAAAAACAAGACAUUAAUGACAAGUAGAUAAUUUUGGUAAUUCGACAUGAUAAAUUAAUAAUUAUUUACCAAAUGUAAACGAAAUUUUAGUUUCAUAACAAUAUUUUCGAAGAUCAAAAUUAUGUGUUGACGAUUUCUUUUUUAAUUUACUUCCCGAAUAAUUUUGUUUCUUGUUUGCUUCCCUCAGUAUGCGUACUCAAACAGCAGUAGUUGAACAAAUUAUUCAGAAAUUUCCAUCUGAAGUAGAAACUGUUCCAAGAAACAAGUCAGAUCAUGUCACUAGUUUAUCUAAAAGCACGCCACUUAAUGUGAAAAUAAGAGUAAGGAAAAAAGACGACGAUAAAUCAGAAGAAAACGAUUCAACAACUACAAAACACAUGAAAGGUUUACAAAAAGUGCGACUAGUGAGCAGUGAUCAAACGAUCAUGAAUUUCGAUGUUUUCAUGGAAGCAGAAUUUGAAAGAAAGCCGCCACCACAGAAAAUCCGUAAACAAAUAUUCGACAUGCUACAACCAGGGGUAUGUUUGGGAGCAUUGGAAGAUGAUGAUUACACUUGCAUACCUAGUGCAUCAUAUAGUGCAAACAUAAGUGGACCAAGUCAAACAACCAAAUCAGAUGGCACAUUAAAGCAUACAUUUACACUAUCUAAAAACGUUUAUCAAGAUUACACUGUCUCAACGCAAUCGAAAGAACAAAAGUAUUUUUUUGGCAAAUGCAAACCAGGAGGAUGUUUAGAUCCACCUUAUAGUGAAGACAAAUAUUCUUAUAAACCAAGUACGAAACCCGAUCCUGAAAAAUUAUUAAUUGAAAAAGUUGUUUUAAAUAAAGAAGAGAUACCAGACAAGGAAGUUGUUGAAAGUGAUACCGAUAAACAACCUAUCAAACGCGAAGACUCAAAAAGUGGAAGACGUAGUUCAAUAUUUGAUGGUAACUUCUUCAAGAAAAAACGGAAAUCUAGUGAACAAUCCACAAAUACACAACCACCUGAACAUAAGGAUUCAGUUGUUAACAUUUUCCAAGGAGACCCUUCGGUUAAUUCGACAAGUGGUCAUUCCAAUCCUAUUAUAACUUACCCGCCAAAAAUAUCAAGUGAUUCAAAAGUUAAGAGUCAGAGUCCCAGUGAAGAUAAACCAAGAAAAUCUUUCAAUGAACAUUCAGAAUCUUAUUUUGUUCCUCCAAAAGGUAUAACUCGGGAUAUUAAAGAAAACGAUAAUACUAAUCAAAAUGAACCAAAACGUCGAUCAUCUGAUAAAAAUACGCCAAAGGAAUUUAAAUUUCCUACACUCAUUCCUGUUCCUAUUCCGAUUCCAUUACCAUCUACUAAACCAGACUCUGAAAGUACUGCACCAACUGGUCAUGAUUUAGCUAUCAAAGAUAACAAAACCACAGAAGAAUUAAAUUCGGAACCAAGUAAAGACUUAGUACCCAAUAUGAAAUCAGUAGGUACGCAAACAUCUUUUCAAUUGCGAGACUCACCUACAGGAGACAAUACAGUUCAUCCCACUAACGUUGAUAAAUCAUCAAAUAAAAAUUCGAAUACAGAAUUAAAGUCUCCUUAUACAGAUGAUUUACAAAAAAAAGAAUCAAAUGAAUUAUCCAACGAGAAUGUACCACAAUUUCGCGUCUCCGAAGAUUUGAUGUUAGAAAAACCUGAGAGUGCAGAAAACAUUAUGUCUAACGAAAGUACAACGAAAAAAACUGAGCCAGAGAAAGAUAUAAAUCCCCAAAGUAGUAGUGAUAAUCAAGAAGAAUUUAAAAAAGACAAACGACCACUCGAAAACAUUGAAAAAAAAGUAGUUCCGAUUCCUAUAUAUAUAAAAAAUAAUAAUGAAGCAGAGGUCAAAACCAAUGGCAUAAAUGAAGACUUGAAAUCAGAAAAUUCAGAACAAAAUAUGCUAGACAAUGGGAGUUCAGAUACUCAAAGCCCACAUACUGUUACGCCAUACGAUAAAACGAGAGAACCCAUACCUGAAGACAUAAAACAAAUAAACAGCGAUAAAAAAUAUUUUGAUGAAAGCAGAGAUUUGGAAACAGGUUUAGAUGAAAACAUUGAGGAAACCGGAGUUUUAAAAAGUGACAAUGAAACAGCGAAAGAUUUGAAAAUUGUAAGACCUACUAAACCUAUUUUUGGGAGUGAAAAGGAUAAAGAUGAAAAAAAUCUUAGCAGUAAAGACCAUAAAGACUACGUACCAGUACCGAUAAUAAUCAAAGAAAAACCUACUCCACCAGGUAAAGACUCUAAUAAUGAUAAAGAUUUAAUCGGCGAUGACUGGGAGGAUAGCAAAGAUAACACAAUUGAUCCAUUUCCUUCAAACAUCCCUCCAAAAAUUCCAAAGAUUCCAGAAGUUGAUUCAGAUAACAUAAAACAUUCAGGUGAAUAUGACGAAAUGGAUGAAACAAAACCAAUCCUGUCUGUAAAAAAUAAAGAAAAAAAUGAUUCUCCAGAUGAAUGUGAAUAUCCUUCAACUAUAGAGAAGAACAAUGUUAAAAUAAUUACAAAACAACCAAAACCUGUAACUGAAACAACAGAUUCAAACGAUGACUUUAGAAACAUAAUUACUAAAAGGACCGAUACCACAAGUAUUCCAAAAUCUUCUGAUGAAUCAGCUGACACAAUAAAAAGUGUAUUAAGAAAAGACCCCAUUUUUGUUAACUUGGGAUUCUAUAGUCAUCUGAACGACAAAAAUGAGCGAGUUAUUGAAACAUUCGAUACUAAACACGUGCCUAAUCGAUCACCAAAUGAUUUGGUAACAAUAGUUAAAUCACAAAUAAGGAUUUCUUCAAACGAAAUAAAGAUUCCUGUUGAUGCGGAACAUGACAUGUCUAUUCGGAUCAAAAAACCUGACACGAACCAACGUGUUGCUAUUGACGAAUCUAGACUGGUGCCCGAUAAUGCUAAAGUAAUUAAACAGAAGUCUACUGACCCCAGUGGUGGGGAAACAAUCACUUCAAAAACAAAUAAAUCUGAAGAAGCCACCAAGAACCGUGAACUUGAAAUUAGCAUACUAGAAUUCUAUGAACAGGAAUUAAUUCCAUUACAGUUAGUCAUAAGGAACCUAAGAGAUGAAAUUGAUGUGUUAGCAGCACAACAAUUAGUUUUUAAAGAUAAAAUAUUUAGUGCAAACAAAACAAAGACACGAGCAGUUCAUUCAAAUAAAAAAUGUUAUGGAUGUCUGAAAAAAUAAAGAUUAAGGAGGUUAUGCAAAGAAAUAAAUCAUGUUGUUUCAAGAAUCAAGAUAAAGUCGUGGAAUUAAAGACGUUUAGACACCAAAAUAACUUGUUAACGAAAUCUUAUAACAUCUUGCAACUUUUGUACUAAUUCAUUUCGAUAUUGCAGAUAA